UUAAAACUUUUUAUUUCGAUUAAUUGAUUAAGCAUAACUUAAGUCUGAUUUUUAGUGAAUGAAACAUUAGAAAAACGAAAAAUGGGUGUGCGUGGCAUGUGGCACUUUUCGUGACACCCAUUACAUUGCCCUGUGGAUUGUUUUUAUUAUUGUGUUCUGUCAAAUAGUAAGAUAGCAAUUCGACGCUUCGCGAUGCGAAGUGUAUGCCACGUGGUUAAAACAUGGGUUUGUUGGAGGAUACGUUCGUGAUUCUUGUUACACAGAUCAUCUUCUUCUUUGGAGGAUGGGUAUUUUUUGUAAAGAAAUUAUUUCGAGAUUACGAAGUCCAUCACAGAUUAGUACAGUUAAUUUUUUCCACGACAUUUUCAUUGUCCUGUACUAUGUUUGAGCUAAUUAUUUUUGAAAUAAUAGGAGUCCUUGAUUCUAGUUCUAGAUAUUUUCAUUGGAAUGCUGGUCUCUAUAUGCUCCUAUUUAUGGUAAUCGUGUUGAUUCCAUUUUACAUAGCAUACUUUAUUAUCAGUAAUAUAAGAUUUGUAAGACUGAAAUUAAUAAGGCCAUUAACAGUCGUUGUGUAUCUCUUUUAUCUGUAUCUAUUCUGGAAAGUGGGAGACCCAUUUCCAAUUCUUAGUCCAAAAAAGGGCCUACUGUCUAUCGAACAGGGUGUUAGCCGAAUCGGAGUAAUUGGAGUUACUGUAAUGGCACUGUUAUCAGGAUUUGGUGCUGUAAACUAUCCAUAUACCUCUAUGGCUUACUUUAUGAGACCUGUAACAUAUACCGAUGUACAGGCCAUAGAGAAAAGAUUGCUGCAAACAAUGGAUAUGAUUGUUGCCAAGAAAAAAAGGAUAGCACUAGCAAAAAAGGGAGAAGUUGUAGGGCAUACUGAGGCACGGUCUAGACUUUGGGGCAUGUUGGGCCCCUUAAGUGGCGCUAAAAGCAAUCAAGAAAGUAUUAAACAGUUGCAAACGGAAGUGACUGCUUUAGAAGAAUUGUCUCGGCAAUUGUUUCUAGAAGCACAUGAUAUUCAGAAUGCGAGGGAGCGUUUGGAAUGGGCGGCUACUUGGCAAGGAAAAUAUUUCAAUGUUUUGGGAUAUUUCUUCUCUGGUUAUUGUACUUGGAAGAUAUUUAUUUCAACGAUCAAUAUCGUUUUUGAUCGUGUUGGCAAAAAGGAUCCUGUGACCAGAGGAAUUGAAAUUGCCGUUCACUGGAUGGGAUUUAAUAUCGACGUUACAUUUUGGUCACAACAUAUUUCAUUUUAUCUCGUUGGCUGUAUUGUAUUAACGUCAAUCCGCGGAUUAUUAUUAACUCUUACGAAGUUUUUUUAUGCUAUAUCGAGUAGUAAAUCAUCGAAUAUUAUUGUACUUAUACUUGCUCAGAUAAUGGGUAUGUAUUUUGUAUCUUCUGUACUUUUAAUGCGGAUGAAUAUGCCAGCGGAAUAUCGUAUAAUAAUCACCCAAGUUUUAGGAGAAUUGCAAUUUAAUUUUUAUCAUAGAUGGUUCGACGUGAUCUUCUUGGUAUCCGCAUUAUCUUCAAUAGUGUUUUUGUAUUUAGCACAUAAGCAAGCACCGGCAGAACGUGUUUAACAUAAUAAAACGUUUUUUAAUAAAACACAGGCAUGUCUAUGUAUUUCGUGUUCACCGUUUCUUUGGGUGCAAGAAUAUUCUACGACUAAAUCAAUUUUUGGUUCGGGAAUGCAUUUAUAGACAAAGACGGAAAAAAUUGCGAAAUAUAUAGGCAAUAGAGGAUUCGAUAUGUUAAGAAAGAAUUUAAAUAUUUUUUUAGAAACAUGUUUAUGACGCUUCUAUUUCUAAUACAUUUAGUUAUUUUAUCAAAGAUGACGUUUAUGAUUAUAAGCUUUAGCGGUUGUAUAAUGAUUUUUGUUCAUGCCAACCACUCGAUUAAACAGAAAAGAUCUUUUUAAUUCGCUAAAGUAAUAUAAGUAUGCUGUUUACAUAAUAUCUCUAAGUUGUAUUUGCUCCAUUAUAGUAUACAAUGUCCCCUUGAUCACAGACAGCUGAAAAAAAUGCGCGGAUAAAAAGAAAACUGGCAUUAUUGUAUAAUAACUAAGAUUACGAUGAAUAAAUCUGUGACUUUAGGAAAUUAA